AUGGAGAACAGCAAGCAUGGCUCACCCCUGCUGUAUGUAUGUUCCCAGCAGCCAGUGAAGGAGGUGCUCCCCCUGCCUCGCCACCCUGUCCCACUUCCUGCCAUGACCCCCUUCUGUGAGACUCUGGCUGCCACUUCAAAAACAACAGGCUCCAUGCAGCACGUACAGGUUGCCUCCUCAGUGGUGACAUCGUUUAACCAUCUGAAGCUGCCAGAAAGGGAUCUCACCCUGAUGUCCCAUAUGAAGUCUAUCAAGUCCCUGAGGCAGGCGGGCUUCACUGCGGUCUUCACAGGACAAACAAAUGUGCUUGACAGUGAGGAAAUGUUGGAGGAGGUACCAAUCGUCGAUGUGAUCCUAGCCGACAUCGACUCCCUGGUGCCUACUCACGAUGAAGCUGGUCGCCCCAUAGCAGAAUGGAAACGACAGGUGAUGGUGCGGCAGCUGCAGAUUAGGCUGCAGGAUGAGGAGGAGCAGAGGAGACAGGACAUGACUAAUUGCUACACACCUGUGGAUGACUGGAAGUACUCCCAAGCCCACAACGCAGUCUUGGGGCCCUUUGGUGAGCUCCUAACAGAAGAUGACCUGGUGUACCUGCAGCAACAGAUCGAGAAUGUGUCACUGCAGAAGCGCUACCAGGCCUAUGAGCUGGAGCUGACCAGGCUGACCGAGGAACUGAGAGCGAUUCUACCCGACCCCAUCGUAAACAUUUCCCUUAACAAAGACGUCCUCAAGCAGAUGGACACAGAAGGUCGCCUGACCCUCCCAGUGUGGUGCAGUCGUGUCUCAGAGAUUGUCAAGAGUAUGUCAGUGCUGGUGGCUAAUCUGAGCCAAACCACAGAGGGAGAGGAGACAGUGCCAGUACAUGGGGAGACUUCUACUGGAUGUCGGAUACCUCACAUAGGGAUGGCGUCAGCUUUUAGCCAUCGUUUGGAGAGCAACAGCUACAGCAAAACACGGAGAGAGAGGGUGCAGAGGGAGAUCCAACAGUCUGGGGUCUCAGUGAGAAACCUCAGAUCCAACUUUGAAGGUCAGAUUGGAAGUAUUUAUCCCUUUGCUGGAGUUAUGAAAGGAGGCCAGGGGUUCAAGAACCAAUUAACGGUUGGAGCUUCAGGAAUAAACAAUCAGAAUGCCAACACAGGCCUCAGCUGUGAGGUUAGUAACAUUGAUUCUCCUAAAAAACUUGUACCGGUGAUGGAGACUACCAGCUUAAGGAAGGAGCGGAUUGUAGUGCUGUUCCUUAGUCACUGGAAGAAGUCUGCAUAUGCUAUUUCAGUGAGAGCAGCGAUGCAGAGACAGGGACAGGAGGCAGUGUCAGAGAGAGUGACAGCAGCACCGCCUCAGCAGAGGAUCACCUCCAUGUUUCAGUUCUGCCAACAGCGAGGUGCUGUGGACAAGAUGCUAAACUCUUGGAGGAAUAAAUUAGAACUCAAAGAUGCACAAAUGUCUUGUUUGUCAUCCAAUAAUGCCUCGCAUAAUCCAACCACUCAGACAACCUAUUCCCCUGAGCAAUUCCUGCCAGAUGUGGAUGGCGUUGAAAUGGCCCAUGAUAGCUUGACCCUUGAUUUAUUCAUGUUGGGAUAUUUCCACAUCUUAGAACAAGAGCUAUCACCUGAGGAGAGGAAGAUGAGGCAUCUCCUCUGCUUUGAAGUCUUUGACCAUGUGGGCAGUUUCCCCUGGGAGGAGGUGCGGGACUUCCACAAGGCUGUUCUUCAGGAAAUCCAGGCUGGGAGGCGACAGUGGUGUGACGGCUUCGAGGACAUCAAAGUUUGCUUCUUUGGGGACUCGAGACCGUGUCGCUGUCCACCAUCAUCAUCAUCGCCAUCAUCACUGUUGCCAGAUUCCAGACUUGUACCUAAGGUUAUAGUUCAAACUGCUACUCCAGAUGAGGGCAGCAGUGACACAGACGUCUCCUGUUUCAACAAUGAAGACAUUUGUAAAUAUAUUGACCGCAGCUUUGUUUUCUGGAAAGAGAAGGAGGCAGAGCUGUUUGAUUUUGAACAAUAG